AUGGAAGGCUUGGGCGAUUUGGAUGCAUUUAUUGCUGGCUGCGAUGCCACAAAAAUUAGUGCAUUCGUGGAACAUGUACACCGGAGGUUUUCCGAGGCACAGGCUCAGAAGCAGAAGAAAGUUGAGACUGUUCUGUCCACUAUGCACGAGCAGUUACUGCAGCUAUCAGCCGGCAAGAAGGUGCAGCUGAACUCUCGUAUCAAAGAACUGCUGGCCUCUUUAAACAAAAGAAGAGACAAUGCGGCGGAGGAGCUCGCUCGGUGUCUAGAUUCCGCGCGGGCUAAAAAGCAAUCCCUCGUACAUUCGUUUCAAGAACAGGAAAAGGCCUGUCAGGUCCGAUCUGCAAUGCAUGGAAUAAUUCAGGAGCUAGAAAGAGAAAUGAAGGAACUGACGCAAGAAUAUACCAUCCGCCAACAAGAGCUGGGGCCAUCAGCACCAGCAACAGCUCCCGCAGAUAGCUCUGUGGACACCGCAGAAAUUAAACCAAGACAUGGAACGAGAGAGAACAUGAAGCAAUGCCCUUCAAGGAGAUGGCUGAGAAUGGAAUGGAGGGAUCUUCUCACAGACUAG